AUGGGCGUGGGCGUUCCCAGCGUCUCACAGGCGUCCCUGGGCCCUCCCUUCAUUCCAGUCAAACACCCCUCACCUGCCCUGCAGAAGGUUCUUGUUGUCCUCCGCAGCAGCGGCCGGGGAGCGGAGGUCCUCCGGACAGACCCAGCCGCGGCUGGGAGUGUCCACUUCCCGCUGGCUCCUGCAGCCAGGCCCAGAGAUCCGAGCCACGGCACCAAAACUGAGCUGCACAAUGAGGACUUUGCAAUUCAAACUGUAAAGCAGUCUCUCUCUUCCCUUCCAGGCUGGGCCAUGCCCCCGACCCGCCCUCAGCCCCAAGCGGGGCUGCCCCGUCCCUGCCCCCGGGCAUCUCACCGUGGUCUCGCCUUCGCCCAGCUCUGGCCGUCAUGGCUGGGGCGCUGCUUGGCGGGCAUGAGUGCCUGGGGCUGGGGUGGCAUCGCCGGCCUUUGGCUGCGCCUGUGCCGAGCCUGGCCCCGACCCCGGCCCCAGCCCCAGCCCCUGCUCCGGCCCCGGCCCCUGCUCCGGCCCCGGCCCCGGCCCCGGCCCUGGCCCCAGCCCCAGCCCCUGCCCUGGACCCGGCCCCGGCCCCGACCCUGGCCCCAGUCCCGGCCCCGGCUCUGGCCCCUACCCCCGCUCCUCCCAGGGCCCGCAGGGGACACAGGCACUGCGGUCACUCCCGCCGCCUCCGCUGCGGCUUCCCCGGCCCGAGCUCCUCCGCUCGGCAGCGCGGCUGCCGGCCCUGAGCCGCCGCUGUCCCAUUGCCAGGAGCGAACCCCUGGGGAUGCCCAGCCCAGGCCGCUCGAGGCACCCUCAGGGGCCGUUCCUGGCCCCGGGCCGAGCGCUGACAGCCGCGUCUCGCCGGCAGGGAAGGCGCAGCAGCCCCUCCAGGAGCAGAACCGCCUGGGGUCACUGCUGGGCCGCGGCGGCUUCGGCAGCGUCUGGGCGGCCACACGGCUCUCAGACCGUGCCCCGGUGGCCAUCAAAAAGGUGCCACGGAACCGCAUUCAGCACUGGGGCAAACUGCCCAACGGCACCAGCGCACCCCUGGAGAUCGUGCUGCUGCACAAGGUCUCCACUGGCUUCCCUGGUGUCGUCCAGCUGCUGGAGUGGAUGGAGCUCCCCAAUGACAUCGUCAUCAUCAUGGAGCGCCCGGAGCGGUGUCAGGACCUCCAGCACUUCAUUCGGGCACGGGGGUUCCUGUGUGAGGAGGUGGCGCGGGAGCUGUUCCGCCAGGUGCUGGAGGCCGUGCGGCACUGCACCAGCUGCGGGGUCCUGCACCGCGACAUCAAACCAGAGAACAUCCUGGUUGACCUGGCCACCGGGCAGGCCAAACUGAUUGAUUUUGGCUGUGGCACCUACCUGCAGGACACAGCCUACACACGCUUUGCAGGAACACCAUCAUACAGCCCCCCGGAAUGGAACAACUAUGGCUGGUACUAUGGACAGCCAGCUACCAUCUGGUCCCUGGGCAUCCUGCUGCACCAGAUGGUCUGUGGGGAGCACCCUUUCAGGAGGGGCCACAGGAUCAGCUGGGACCAUCAGCUCUCGCUGCCACCACGGCUCUCUCAAGAGUGUCAAGAUGUCAUCAGGCGGUGUUUAUCCAUUCAUGAUGUGGACAGGCCUUCAGUAGAAGACCUGUUCUGUCAUCCUUGGAUGCAGGAUAUUCAUCUGCCAUAGAAGAAGGGACAGAGCCACAGGCACACUUUGAUGCAGGGCUCUGGGAAGGAGAAGGAGCCCCUGGAAAAGCUGUACCAGGUGGGGCUGCUGCUACUGGAGACAGCCAGGACGACAUCAAGGAUGACAACCUCUUCCUUUACCAGGCCACCACAAAGCUGAAGCUGAUGGACUUCAAUUCUGGCACCUUCUUCAAAGCCAGGCUCCACAGAGAAUUUGCAGAUGAGUGCACACACAGGGGGAUGCUCCCAGAUUUGGGCAUGGCACAGCCUGGCUGGGAAACAAAGGUUUCCCUUUGCUGGGGUGGAUGCAUUUGAUUUUUCAGUGGGCUGCCAAGCUGCUU